UCAGUCAAUCCUCUCCGCCUUUAACCUACGCAGUAAAUGAAUUGCAUAGUCGCAUGCAAGUCCUUGCUUUUUUGAAAACAUCAAAUUUCCCGCGCGAGUUUUAAUUAAAAAAAAAAUUGCAGUUCUUCCCGCGGCAAUGGAAAAAAUUCAGAAAAUUAUUCUGUUAGUUGUAAAUGUAAUUAUCGUAUGCGAGGGGUCUUUGGAAGACUGCAAACCCAAAGUUGCCAUCAUCGGAGGAGGAAUUGGUGGUGCCUCAGCCGCCCAUUUUAUCAGCGAAUUAUUUGAAAAUUUCGUGGACAUUGAGUUAUUUGAAGCUGACAAAAUCGGCGGACGAUUAGCGACAGUGACACUUCAAAAUAAUCAGUAUGAAGCUGGAGGAUCGAUUAUUCACGAUCGUAACCAACUGAUGAAACGAUUUUCAAAACUUC